AUGACAACACCAACCCCGGCAGGCAGCUCAACCGCUGCAAUCCGUCUCACUGCGUCCUCGCCACUAGCCAUCUUAUCCCACGCCACACCGCGAGGCAGCUCCAUCGCACUCUCUUCUCUCCAGGCCCUACCUGAAACACAGCUGGUUCUCGUCCUACUCGACCAUCCCACAAUCCGUCGCAAGUGGCGCACAGUCGUAGUACCGCUCGUCGAAUCAAUAUCCAAAAAGCUCAAUGCCGCCUGCUCCGGCUCGCGCCUAACCAUUGGCUGCGUCGUCUACCGUCCCACAACAGACAAAUCCCUCCUUCGCCCAACAUGGACGCUCUCCCGCACAAAGCUCCAACCAGGAUCAAAGCUCAUUGCUUCCAACCUCACCGCCCCCGAAUCCUGGCUUGGCUCCGAACCCAAUGCAUCACACCACACUGACGUGGGAGCCUCGACAUACUCGCUCAUCGACGGACGCAGCACCGCCAAACCGACAGCCCACGUACUCGAAGCGUUCGUUGCAGCACAAGAACUUCUCCAAUCGAGCGACAACGGUGUGCAUAACCCUUUGGCGCCAAAGAAGCCUCCAGUGAUGGCGAGACAUAUGCUGCAUGUCUGUUUGGAUUCUGCCGAUGUAGCGCUGGAUCUGACCAGUCCGCCGUUCUUCAAUGCCGAUGCGGCGAACGAUCGCGUUAAUGCGCUUACUGUGGGAGCGAAGCUGGCGAGAUUGGGCGUUUCCAUAAGUAGCUGUGCGGUCAAAGCUGAUGGAGCGAAUGGGGCGGCAUCGACGACGAAAGAAGCUCUAGCGGCGAUUUUGGGAAUGCAUAAGAGUGUUUCAGAGCCGAAUAAGCUGGCUAACGAAGAUUUGGCAGCUCUGUUGCCCGAAGCGAUCAGAGCGAAGAUCUUUAGUGAUGCGAAUAUUAUUUCUACUGGAUUGACGCCGAUGGCGGGGCAGCAAAGGGUGGGUAUAGCAGCGGCAGCAGCGCCAUCAGCAAAGAGAGCAAGGGAGGAAGAAGGUGAUGCAGCCUCAACCCCUGUUAAGCGGUCUAAAUCUGGUAGCAUCUCUCAAACCCAGCCUGCAACAGCCGCAUCUGCUGCUUCUGCCACCACCAAUCCCACCGCAUCCUCAUCGACAGCCGCACUACCAGGCGAGAUUCCACGAAACAUCAAACUAGACCCAAGCAUAAGCACCAAAGUCCUCUUCCUUCGUUCUCAACAAGAAACCAUGAUAAAAAAUUGGGCUGCUGCUUACGCUACCGUCUCUAAAGCCGAAUCCGACUCCUCCAACUCAGGCUCGUCUCCUGCGAAAGCACCUGGGAUGAACAAAGCCUACCUGGAACAACUCAAAGCCCAACUAAUGACCCAGCAGCAAGCGUUGAAGAUGUUGGUGCACAGGAUCAUCGGGAGACAGGAAACAGCGCCGAAUUUCAAUGUUAGUUUGCAGAGUUUGAUCAAUAUAGAUAAAGAGGCGAAGGAGAUGGGUGUGCAUUUGGGCGGGCCGAGUAGUGGGCCUCCUGGUGGUGUGACUGGUGGGGUUCGGCUGGGGAGGAGUGGAAGUUUCACGGGUCCACAACAACAACAACAGCAGCAGCAGCAGCAGCAUCAGGCCACAAAACCGGUCGUCGCGCCAGUACCAGAUCCAGUAGCGGCUGCAAACAGCAAUGUCAACACAGCGGUUCAACCUCCACGAGCAACAGCAAAUGUUGGUGCACCACCACCCUCCCCCACCCGACCGAAACCUUUCUGGCGGGGAGCUCUCACCUGGUCUGUCAUCUCGGAUCCCGUUACAAAACAAAAACGCGAUGUUGCAACCCUCGUUUCGGCGACCUCCAACUCUCCUUCCUUAGACCGUCUAAUGAUGCCAUGGCCUGACAAGCUUCAGAUAACAGCAAUCUCUCAACUUUCGCCUCGCAACCUCCAAGUUUAUGCCCAAAGCCAAAAUGCACCUUACAUCCUCUUCGCAACCCAAGAAGCAGGUCAGCAAGAGCCUGGGCCGGUUCUAACAGCAGCUAGCGCGGAGAAGAAUAAGCAGAUGUACUCGAGUUUGGCGAGUAGUUUAGACGCAAAGAAGAGCUGUGCGUUCAUCCGGCAUGGAAGUAGUGCAGGUGCGGGUCUGGUCUUGUUUGCUACGACGCAGCCGACGAGUAGUGCAGAAAGACAGCAGAAGGGUCCAGGAACGGCGAAGUUGAUUGGAGUGGUAUUGAAGGACAGUAUUCCAUUUUCGAAGUUGUUGGCAGCACAGAGUAGCGGUGUGGGGGUGCAGCAGCAGAGUAAAGCGGAGGGGGGAGAGGCGGGGAGGAGUAGAGGUGCUAGUGCGUCCAGAUCGCAGCUGCCACAGGUGGAACAACAGAGUCAAGCGCAGGCGGUACCCGCUCUAGCACAACCACAAGCGCAAGCGGUGGCGAGUGGCAUGGGUCUAGGUUCUUCAAUGCCGUUUAAUUUAGCUGCGUUGAAUGCUGUUGGGAAUCUACCCGUUUCGGGUGUUGGUGCAACAGGAGGGAUUGGGGCGGGGUUGCAGAAUAAUUCGAAUGCUAUGGGGGUUGCGAUUGGGAAUCCUAUGGCGAACUUGGGAAACUUCAAUUUGAAUCAAUUGGGGAGUUUGAUGGCCGGUCAGCAACAGCAAGCGCAACAGGAUGCGUCUAAUCAAAACCAGAGCGGAGGACAACAACAACCAAACUUGGCUGCUUUGGCUCAAUUCUUGGGUAUCGGAGGGCAAUCCGCCACCGGUGGACAGCAGCAGCAGAUCGGAGGACAGCAGCAGCAGCAGCAGCAACAGCAGCAGCAACAGCAACAGCAACAGCAACAGCAACAGCAACAGCAACAGCAACAGCAACAGCAACAGCAACAGCAACAGCAACAGCAACAGCAACAGCAGGCGCUUUCACAAUUGUUUGCCGGAAUGGGAAACUUCCAACCGCAGCAACAGCAGCAGGUGCCGCAACAGCAACAACAGCAAGGCGCGGGACAGGGAAUGUUUAACAAAUUGAAUCCCUUCGCUGGUCAGCAGCAACUCCAGCAACAGCAGCAACCGCAACCUCAGCAGCAGCAACUAUCGGAUGCAGGAGGCGGCAGUGGUGGAGGAGGAAUGGAUUUCUCUAAACCUAUGACGAUGGAGCAGUUGCGUACAUUGGGCUUCAUCUCAUAA